UAAAACGCUUCAAAAAUGUUAAUAAACUGUUCAAACUCCUGAAUCCAUUGACUAUUAUUUCGGGGGAUUUAAUGUUAAGUGAAUCUACAGAUUUCUUACCCUUUUCCUUUGGUUUCAGAUUGCAACUGUACUAUAAUCAUGCUUUCCAAACUGGCCCAUCCACAACGCUUGACUGUUCUGCGUCGGGGUCUCCGUACUUCAGCAAGUUCGGCUACGUCGGUUGCAACCAAGAAAACAGUCCAAGGCCCACCGUCCUCAGACUACAUAUUUGAACGUGAAGCUAAAUAUGGUGCACAUAAUUAUCACCCACUACCAGUGGCACUGGAAAAAGGAAAAGGUGUUUACCUAUGGGACGUAGAAGGCAAAAAAUACUUUGAUUUCUUAAGUUCUUACAGUGCUGUCAAUCAAGGCCAUUGUCACCCAAAGAUUACAGCGGCUUUGAAAUCCCAGUGUGAAAAACUUACUCUUACCUCAAGAGCAUUUUACAAUGACGUGCUUGGUGAAUAUGAAGAAUAUAUCACGAAAAUGUUCAAAUACAACAAGGUGCUUCCGAUGAACACAG